AUGCAUUUGUGUCCCGCUGUUCGUCGCAGAAUUAGCCAGAAAAAAAAUAGAAGAAUAACUCGCAUGGGACCUCACUCGGCUUUCAAUCACUACAUUGUUGCAAACAGCUCCUCAAAUGUGAUCUCUCCAACACUUGCUACUACACCAGCGCACAUUUUCGACGGUACUCCAUCCAUUGUCCAUCAUAACUCUAUUCCACAUCAUCUUUCCACGCCAUUUUUCUCACGCAAUCGACUAGGCUUUAUUUUUGUCUCAGCAGAAGCACCAACUGGUCGUUGCUCCUUAUGUGUCGUGUAUCGGGCAGUCAUUGCUUUGCGCCAUUAUCAGCGUAUUUCGCUCCUUACUUACAUCAUGCUGCCUUGGUGCAGAGCUCAUCGCCCGCCCACCGCCUACCGCCCACUCAUCCACCCCAAUCCCAUCUUCUUCUCACUCUUCGCGCUCCGGCUCACCCGCGCGCGCGUUUGUUAUACACACACUAAGGCUGUUUUGCAGAGCAGCGCCAACUCCAAGCCGCAUCCGCUGUAUCUGUGUUAUCUCUUCGCUUUUAUUUGCAUUAAUAAGUUAAUUUAA